CCCGGCUCAGCGCCUCGGCUCCUGCGCCUCGCUCCGAGGGCAGACCUCGGCGUGGCUCAGCACUGCCAGGGCGGGACAAGGCCCCUCAGGAACAGAGGUCUGUGCUGUGGUCUGCAAGGGCAGGAGCAUGGCUGUGUACGUCCGGAAGCACCCCCUGGAGAUUCCCCCACCAUCUGAGAAAGACUGGCCCGAGGAUGAGGAGGAGAACUUCUUCCUGCAGGAUCCUGAUGGAGAGCGUGCUGCCCUGCCUCAGCCCCUCAGGAUGGCCAGCAAACUGGUGAUGCUGGCUUUUGAGAAUGCCAUGGGAGCCAUUGAAAGAAGGGAGAUGCUCCGAGAAGCACAGCCCACAAAAUGCUGUCCCACGGCUGAAUUCCAGGUAACUGGAAGAGCCAAUUGCCUUGCAGUGUCUGGAACGUGCAUCUUCGCUGGCCUGUCGGUGGGGCUGGCUGCCUUCAAGCUGCCUGACUGCGAGGAGCUCUGUGCCUGGGACGCAGGCAGCGCAGAGAUUUGUGCCGUCCGCGCCUCUCACAUGGGCAGCGAGCGCCACGUCCUGCUUGCUGUGGACGAAAUGGGACUUGUCUGGCUCCUCUGCUUUCACAAGGAAACCUUCUUGCUUGUUAAAAUCCUAAAUCAAGUGGAGGAUAUCAGCAAGCAAAGUUCUUGUGUGGAGGUGGUGCUGUCCCCAGGAGGUGAUUUCACAGGAGUCCUGCUGCAAGACAGCACAAAAGCUUGGCUGGAGAUCUACCAGUUGCCUAAGGGUUCCUGGCUGAAGGAGAUGGAAAAGAACUCAGGAGCUGCAGCAGGGCUGGCUUGCAGGGAGAAGAGGUCAAGCUGCACAUCUGUGGGGUCUCCUGUGUCUGCAAGCAGUGCUGAUGCAAAGCUGAGCCUCCCAGUGCUGCUGCUGAAGGUGCAGCCACACAAACCCGUUACAGGCAGUAGUUUCAGAAGCCCUUUGGAUGCCUUGAAGAAAGUGGAUGAGGACAGCAUGCUUGGCUUGGGCUACAACCACCUCAUCACGGCCUCCCAGUGGAAGCAGCAUGAAGCAAUCUUCUGCAGCACUUACCGGGAGUAUCUGGAGGCAAUGGGUGAGAGGGAAUGCAAGGAGGAGACCCCCAGACAUGCUACUUUUCACUUCCUCCUGCCUAGCUGGAUCCUGCAGCUGGGACCUGAAAUCAAGGCACAGCCAGAUGUUCCAGCUGGCAUCAGCGUGCACUGGGAUGGAAGCCACAAUCUCUGCUUCUACUCACUUCACCACCCACUCAAGGAGAGGGCAGAUUCUGAUCCAAACCCUGAUGUUGUGUGGCCAUGUGCAGCUCCCCUUGUGUGCUCUGCUGUUAGCUUCUGCUCCAGGUACCUGGCACUGGCAUGUGAAGAUGCAACAAUAACUAUCUGGGACAAAGACCUAGGGUUCCCUCUGGCUGUGACUGCCACUCCACACAGACGUCUCAUCCGCAGUGUCCACUUCCUGCACGGCUCUGCCGCUGCCACUGAUGAGACACCCUCUGCUGCUGCAGGUGCUGCCUGUCCCCUGCCUGCACCCUGUGCUGCUGCAGGUGCUGCCUGUCCCCUGCCUGCACCCUGUGCUGCUGCAGGUCCUGCCUGUCCCGUGGUGCAGCUCCUGGUACUAUGUACAGACAGCUCUUUCUACUUGGUGAAGGCCGCCAGGGCUGGGAAGUCCAGCAUCAUGCUUCUGGCAGACAGGCCUGAGGAUCCAGAGCUUGCUGUCAGCGCGGUGCUGCCUGUCCUGGCACUCCCCAGCGCAGUGCUGGUCUUCUCCUGGGAUGGCAAAGUGUCCCUGAUGAACACUGCCACAGCACAGGUUGUUUGCCACUUCACUACUCCACCUUCUCACAGCGUAGCAUCCCCCUGGCAGCCAGUGUUCAGCGUGGACAGUCUGAGUGGCUGCUUGCUGCUUCGAGGAGAUAAGCAGCAGCCACUGGCAGAUGCACUGGCACAGGGCGGUGCCAACCACAGCACCAUCUUCCUUUUUGACUUCAGCUCCUACCCACUGAAGGAGGCUUUCCCAAAGGAGCCAGAUUUGCCCCUCAAAUCCUUACAGAACCUGCCUUGGAUGGAGAGAUGUAACAAGCUCUUGCGUGACAGGCAGCAGAGCCUGCUGGGAAAUGAAGAGGAGUUGUCUGAGUACUGGAGCCGGCUGCAGGCACAAGCAGCUGCCAUGGACCAGGAAAGAGAGAAGGUGAAGGGCCAGAAGAAGCCAUAGUCAGAAGCCUUGCACCCUGCAGGGUAGGCUCUGCACUGUCACAGGCCUGCAGAUCCAUGACCCGGCACUGAUGCUGUGUUUUCAACUCUGUCCAACUCUCUCAGGCUGCUGUCCAGCCUGGGGCAGUUUGUCCCCUGGAGCAGCAGCCUGCCACGGGGGUCUGCAGCAGUGCCCCAGCAGGGUCCAGCCUCUCCUCGUCAGAGCCAGAUGCUGCUGAUGGGAGAAUCCUGAGGUGGGAAAGGCCACUGAUGGAGGUGGUAGGCCCAGCAUCCUGUUUGUGCUGGGACCUGGGGUGGCAGAGCAGUGUGGUGUGUCAGUGUCCCACCACAAUAAAGCCCCUUCUCUGUCA